AUGGAACGUGCUAACGAUGAAAAGAUUGAUUAUUCAGACGUUCGUUCGCUCAAUCGAUCCUCAACACCUUCCGAUAUCGAGCAAUUGAAAACUCUUGACGAAGCCGAUCGACGUCGAAAAAAGAUGGCUCGAAGAAACUUGUUGACUAUCCUUCUCCUCUCUGUAUUCGCAAUCGGGGCCUUCUGCGCUACCACAAACAAUAUUGCUCGUGGCAAUGUUCCCGCGGAUGAAUUAUCGAAAUUCCAAUCGCUCCUCGAUUCAAUUGACCCGACUCACCUCCACGACGUACUACACUCGCAUUUGAAGGAGAAAUUUAAGCAUGGAGUUUUUGAGGAAGAUAAGAAAGCUCUAGAAGCUGUGCAUCAAGAGGAUAGGGAGGCUGCUACUAGCCUGGUGGAAUUGGCCAAAAGACAAAACAAUGGCACGACUACUGCUCCACCACCACCACCAUCGACUAGCACAACUGUAGUGGUCCCAACAACAACAUCGCCAGCAAGUACAGUUACUAGUACUUCAACGGCGCCAGCUCCUGUGGUGCCCUCGACGUCGACGAGCAAUCCACCUCCAGCUCCAUCUCCUUCCACGUCGACAGUUGCACCGUCGCCAUCAACCAGCACCCCUCAAGCUCCAGCAAGCACGACGACAACCACGCCACUCGCCCCAGCUACUUCUUCCACUCCUUCUCCUCCGUCUACUCCGUCUAACAGCCCAGAUACGACGCUGACGACGACUCAAUCGCCAUCUCAGCAAGCUCCGACUACCACGACGAUCGUAAAUCCGGCUCCAUCAAGCUCGGCCCAAUCCGCCCCGGUACAAAAUCCACAGAGCUCUCAGGGAUCUCCUUCGUCCGCCUCUAAUUCUCAAGGCCCUGCCAACUCUCCUACGUCUCGAGCCUCUUCUCCUACUACUUCUCAGGGUCCUGUCACCUCUUCUACUUUUCUGGCUCCUUCCCCUACAUCUGGAGAGACACAAGUAUCAACCUCUGUUGAGAGAUCCUCCUCUUCACUGGUAGUGUCUUCUCCGGCUUCUUCCCUUAUGUCUCAGCAGACACGAGAAUCUACCUCCGCCGAGGGCCCAUCCUCUUCCCAGGCCGGGUCCUCUACUCGGGCAGGAUCUACCUCUCAGAGACCUCAAGCUUCGUCAGAUACUGUUAGUUCUCGUCCUAACAGUCCUACAGACUCGUCUUCCAACAAUCAAUCACCAACCCCAACUCCAACUGGUGGAAAUAGCAACCCAACCGAGACCCCUAACGAGGCUGAGCCUUCAGUUACUCAACAAGUCGUUUACAAAACCACACUUCCCAAUGGUGCGGUGACCACCGUUACUUCGAUCACGGUCGUUCCAGCUGCGGGAGAAGUCACCGGUGCAAAUGGUGCCACCAGAACUAGCGUCGGCAAUGCGGGUCUUCAGACCGGUGCUGCAACCAGAGAGCGUUCUGGCAUUAAUGUUGCUCUUUUAGGAGCGCUGGGGAUCGCAGCGGCAGCUGCGUUAUAA